CCUGCGACGAGGGGCUUCUCCUCAUAUGUUCGACAUGAACACGGCUCUGUAACCUGCUUUCAUGUUCUCUCCCUAACACUGUCUAUCUAGUCUCGUCACAGCCAUGGAAUACGUUCGCCUGGGCAAGUCCGGCCUCAAGGUCUCCAAGAUCAUCCUCGGCUGCAUGGCCUUUGGCUCGUCGCAAUGGGAGGGCUCACCCUGGGUCCUCGACGAGGCCGCGUCCCUCCCCGUCGUCAAGGCCGCCUACGACGCAGGCAUCAACACGUGGGACACGGCCGACACAUACUCCAACGGCAAGUCCGAGGAGAUUCUGGGCAAGGCGCUCCAGCACUACAACAUCCCGCGGCAAAAGGUGGUCCUCCUCUCCAAGAUCUUCAACCCCGUCAUGGACGACGACUCGCGACCGGCCAGUGUCAAUGACGGACCGCUGGUGAACCAAAUGGGCCUGAGCAGGAAACAUGUCUUCCACGCGGUCGACGAGUCCCUCCGACGCCUCCAGACCGACUACAUAGACGUCCUCCAGAUCCACCGCCUCGAUCGCGACACGGAACCCGAAGAGAUCAUGCGCGCGCUCCACGAGGUCGUGCAGUCCGGCAAGGUGCGCUACAUUGGCGCCUCGAGCAUGUACACGUGGGAGUUUGCGCGUCUGCAAUACAUCGCCAAGGCCAACGGGUGGACCGAGUUCAUCUCCAUGCAGCCCUUUUAUAACCUGCUCUACCGCGAGGAGGAGCGGGAGAUGAUCCCGUUUUGCCAGGCGACGGGCGUGGGCGUCAUCCCCUGGAGUCCCGUGGCCCGGGGCCUGUUGACCAAGCCGCUCGGGGGCCAGGAGGAGACGUUUCGGAGCAAAAAUGACGCCAAGACGAACACGUGGUUUUCCGAUGCCAACAUGGACAUUGUGAACAGGGUGGAGGAGGUGGCCAAGACAAAGGGCGUCAGCAUGGCGCUCGUGGCCACGGCGUGGGUGCUGCACAAGAGCUGCUACCCGAUUGUUGGCCUCAGCUCGGAGAAGCGCAUCAAGGAGACGGUGGAGGCGCUCAAGGUGAAGCUGACGGACGAGGAGGUGCGGUAUCUGGAGAGCGAGUACCGGCCCAGGGCAAUAACAGGGAUGUAGACAACCACAAAUAGCUUUCUGAGAUGUGUGUACAGUCCAGCCCAGUCAUCAAGUCCCUGGAUUCGAGCCAACCUGCUGGUACUCGACCGUCGUAAAGUCUCGCAUGGGUGCGGUGGCGACCUGACCGGUACCGUCCAGGGCGAAC